CCACGUGCAACAAGGUAGCGCCUCUGUCCCAGCACACGUACAUGACCCAGCUAAGCCCACCGCGAACCAGACUGAACGACCGCGCAUGGGAAUCGAAGACAGGGUUACACCGGGCAGGCACCGCAUCCCAUGUCCACCGGCCGACCGAGUUUGCAGACCUCAGCAUCGACUUGGCAUCCCCGAAUCCACCGAGCCUUAGUCGGCACUCGACGAAAUGCACAUCGCCACACCAGCCCCAGCCGCUCCAAACGUUCCAGCUGUUUCCCAAGACGAGCAAAAGUUUUCCCGGCGGCUUUGCGGUCCCAGCAGCGCUGACGACCCCCGCAACGUCGUCGGAAGUGCCCCAUCGCCAUGACGUGACCAGAGCAACUACAACAGCAUGCAGUCCACAGGCCACCGUCCCCACGACCUCCCUCUCCGAGCGCGCGUCCGCCACGCCACAGUCGUCUUGGAAUUCACCGCCGCCAGUCGCUUCCCCUGGGAAAAGGACGUCCGUCGUUGCGUUCAAAACGAUCGACGGCCCUCUUCCCACCCACCGAUCCAAGUCCAUCUCGCACGACAGCCGCAGUCCGACCAAGCACCUUGUCUUUGGUGGAGGGUACAUUGUCGAACCGACGGAAGGACCACCCCCCACGGGUGCAAAAUCGGCACCGAUGCGCCGCACGUCGGUCGUCGGCGUCGCCGCGCCACCACCUGCCGGGAAGCCCGCCGACUCGGCCACCUCGGUCGAAUCAGCCGUGUAACACAAAAUGCAUCGAGAUUUUCAAUCUUUCCA